AUGUUUCGUCAAAUUUUGAUUAUAUUUUCCUUCCUAAUAUUAUUAUGGAGGAUUGAGGCAAGGCCCCAAAAUGGAGAUGAACCAAUUCCGAUUGCCAAAGACGCAUCAGCUAGAAGACCUUCUUAUAAUCAUUCUCCAAGUGACUUUGCCAAGGCGCCAAUUUUUAGGCAUCGUCAACCAAGUUAUGACGAUGCAUACGAGAAACAAAUGGAGGAUUGGAGACAACAAAGGAAAGAAGCCAACAGAGCUCGCCAGGCAGCCUAUGAUCAGUACUAUCAGGACUAUUUUGAUAGGAUGAAACAGUAUGCAAUCAAUACACAUGUCAGUCGCUACAACCAAUUGUUGGCUCAACAAGAAAAAGAGAAGCAGCGAUUCGCUCAAAACAUGGAAGAAUUCGGAUUAAGAAGCUCUGCUUUGGGAGUAGAUAGAGCUGAUAUUGAUGGAAGUGAAGUUUCUCAUAGACCAAGUUCCCCAUUCGGAGGAAUCACUGAUAAAUCGCAAUUGGAGCAAAAAGCAAAAGCGGCUGAUGUUCGUGGAAUGAUGGUUAGUAGACCACCAUCGGCAGUCGAGCCACGUCCAGAAAAUAUAGAUGUUCAUCGAAAGGCGUUGCAUCUAGAAGCACUCUGUAAUAAGUUUCUUCCAACUGUAAGAAAGCAUUGUUUUGGAGGCAACAAGACAGAAGAGAGAUAUGGAAAUAAGUGUAAGGGAUAUUUCCAUGAUUGCCAAAGAUUCCUUCCAAAAUCCGAUCCACUUUAUAACAUUGCUUAUGCUUUCAACUCCAAUGUCGGACUGAAUCUGGGAACGUGGAGUGUGAAGGGAAUUCCAUACUAUCCAAUAAAUGAGGAAGGAGCAAUUGGAGCAGGAAGAGAAAUGAAUAUUCCAUUUGGAUCAUGGGGAGGAGGAUAUUCCGAUCACAUUGGUGUUAGAGAUUAUUGGUCGCAAUAUCAGGAGAUCGGAGCUAAUUGGUAUGAAGGGAAGUAUGGAUACAAGUCUGGAUGGAGUGUUCCAUUGGUUCAAUCACUGGGAAUCGAAGGGGAUACUCAUGCAGUUGUAAGCGUUCCUUUGAAACCGGGAGAAGCUGGAAAACCGAUAGGAGUAGAUGUUGGAGGAGGAGUUGGUCCGUACUACCAACAGAAUCAACAUGUCGGAGUUGACUAUCUGAAUGGCAACGUUGGAACGAAUUUCGGUGUUGGAGUACCGAUGGCUGGUGUUGGAGUGAAUACAGGAGUCGGUGUCAACUUCCCAGGUGUCAAUGAUAUUCUUGGAAAGAAAUAA